AUGAAUGAAAAACAACAAAUUCAACAUAUAUUUUCGAAGAAGAAUAACAAUGAUCGAAAUAGCUACUAUGUUCGAUUAACUGUAUCGGUUGACAGUAUUCGAUUUCUUCUACGACAAGGUCUUGCAUUUCGUGGUCAUGAUGAGUCCCAAAAUUCUACUAAUCAAGGUAACUUUCUUGAACUUUUAACUUUUUUAGCUGAUCAUAAUGAAGAAAUUAGAGUUGUUGCUUUGAAGAGUGCUCCUAAAAAUCUUAAAUUGACUUCACCAAAGAUUCAAAAGGAUAUUGUAAAUGCAGCUAUAAAAGAGCAAAUAGUCGUAAUGUUUCGUUAUGUGGACAAGAAAGAAUAUGUAAUUGAACGAUUCAUUGGGAUUGAACAUGUUCCAAAUACUACAGCUUUACAGUUAGCGCUCAUGGGUGUGGCCAAAAAGCAUGAUUUGAUAGUGAAUAUUGUUGGAGCAUCAUCUAAGCGUCGCGACAUUUUUCGAGAAAAACAAGCUGCCAAAGUCAUUGAAGCAUUAAAAAGUGGACAACUUUCAAGUGCAAAAGGCCUAAAUCAAGAUAAUGGGAUUAAACGUCCAUGUGAGACACAUUGGGGAUCACAUUUUCGUACUUUGGUAAGCUUUACUAUCAUGUUUUCAUCUAUUAUUGAUGUGCUUGAGGAGAUUGCAAAUGAUAGUUUGAAUAGUGACCAAAAGUAUGAAGCAUCUAUUAUGUUACAAGAUGUGCAAACAUAUGAUUUUGUAUUUAGCUUGCAUUUGGUGAAGAAUAUACUUGGAAUUAUAAAUGAGUUGUCACAAGUCUUACAAAGAGGUGAUCAAGAUAUUGUAAAUGCCAUGGAUUUAGUUAGAGUAUGCAAGAAACAAUUACAAAUGAUGAGAGAUAAUGGAUGGAAUUCUCUAAUGGAAGAAGUGUCUGAUUUCUGUGUUGAGAUGAACAUUGAUGUUCUCAAUAUGGAUAAUAUGUAUUGUGCUCAAGGAAAAUCACGACAAAAGACUCCAAAGCUUACAAAUUUUCACUUCUUUCGUAUUGAUUAUUUCAAUACUGUGAUAGAUUUACAACUACAAGAGUUGAAUAGUCGUUUCAAUGAGGCUAACACUGAGUUAUUGCUUUGUUUGGAAUGUUUGUCUUCCAAUAAUUCAUUUUCUGCUUUUAACAAGGGAAAGUUAUAA